UAUAAAACAUGGCGGAAUUUUUGAAGUGAAUUUAUCUAUAGUUCAAUCUUUUAUUGACAUUUCAUGGUGCUUAUAUGUUCUAUCGUUGGUGAUUAUACCUUGAAAGCUGUUAGUCACCUCAGCGAAUAUGCAUUCGGGAGAUCAAAGCAUUAGCUAUUCACAACUUCGAGAAAAAUGGUUGGAGAGUGUAGAAGGAUUCGACUCAUAUGGUUUCGCCGUGUUUGCUCAAAACUCCGGUAAUAAAAGUUCCAGGUGCAAUACAUACCAGAAGCACCCACUGGAGCGGUGUGUAGAUGAGGAUGGGAAAUGGGAAGAAUUGAUGAAAAACUGGGAUCACCUCAAAGCUGACAGAAAGUUUGCAAAGUUGAGGUCUAUGCUGAGUAAAGGAGGUGUACCAGACCCUCAUAGGUCCUGGCUCUGGCAGACUUUACUGGAGAUGGACAGCUUGAAGACCACAUCUAAGUUUUGCUAUAAGUCUAGUGUAGCAGCAAUAAGAGAACAGCUGGUAGACCUUGGAAUUAGUGAAUAUGGAAAUAAGAAAGUUCUCCAUGCUCUUGGGGAGCUGGAAGAUGAGGACAAUGACCAGAUAGUGGCUGGUGGUGGCAUUGACAUACAUAUUGUUAGGCAGAUUUUCUUAGACUUAAGCAGAACUUACCCCACACACAAGAUGUUUAUGGAGAAUACGCCUCUAGCCAAGGAAACCAAGGGGUCACUUUUCAGAGUUUUAGCAUCUUAUGUCAGAUACAAUCCAGCAGUCGGUUACUGCCAAGGUAUGAGUUUCAUCUCUGGUCUCCUCCUGAUGCACAUGCAGGAACAAGAUGCCUUCUGGUGCACUGUGGCUUUGUUUGAGAGGCAGAAAUACCUGAUGGGAUUCUUUGAUUCACAUCUCAAAAAGGUGCAGUCUCAUGCAAGUGUUUUCAAGAAAUUGCUCAAAGAUANACUACUAUCUGUGACAUCUCCAAUGUCAUCCAGCACUGACACCUGGUCGGGAUUAUUGACACAAACCACCUGGAUUUUCUGA